AUGGCUCAGAACAUUGAGUACCAUGUCCUGUUCACAUGCCUGAUGCUCCUCUCAUGCAGCCAAGGCCUGAAGGCUGAAGAAGACUUGCCUACGGAUGCGGAAGACCAUCCUUCUGCCAGGAUCACAUGCCCAGAAGGUGCUAAUGCCUAUGGUUCCUACUGCUAUUACUUCAUUGAAGAUCGUAUGACCUGGGGGGAGGCAGAUCUCUUUUGUCAGAAUAUGAAUUCAGGCCACCUGGUGUCACUGCUCAGCCAGGCUGAAGACAAUUUUGUGGCCUCUCUGGUUAAGGAGAGUGGUACUACAGUCUCCAAUGUCUGGAUUGGACUCCAUGACCCCAAAAAUAACCGUCGCUGGCAUUGGAGCAGUGGAUCUUUGUUUCUGCACAAAGCAUGGGCUACUGGAGCUCCAAGCACUACUAAUCGUGGGUUUUGUGUGUCACUGACUUCAAACACUGCAUACAAGAAAUGGAAGGAUGAAAACUGUGACGCACAGUAUUCCUUUGUCUGCAAGUUCAAAGCCUAA